AUGACUAUUCCAAGUCAGACUGCGGUGUUUGGACCGCUUCCAGUGACGAAGCAUGACAAGCCAGAAAAGUUUGGUGGGAAGGACUUCAAGCGUUGGCAGCAAAAGAUGUUCUUCUAUCUGACCACGCUGAACCUGACCAAAUUUCUACAAGAGGAAUGUCCAGCACUAGAUACCGCCGACAAGAACUGCGUUUUGGCGGUCGAUGCAUGGAAAAAUGGAGACUUCCUUUACCGAAACUAUGUCCUGAAUGUGUUGGAGGACACAUUGUAUAAUGUGUAUAGUCUAUUCAAGACGGCUAAGGAACUCUGGGCAAGUCUCGACAAGAAGUACAGAACUGAGGAUGCCGGUACGAAGAAGUUCAUCAUGAGACAAUUUCUGGAGUACAAGAUGGUGGAUGUAAAGGCUAUGAUCAAUCAAGUCCAGGAGAUCCAACUCAUUAUUCACAAGAUUGAGGCUGAAGGUAUGACCUUGUCUGAAUCUUUUCAGGUUGCAGCUAUUGUUGAGAAGCUACCUCUUAGAUGGAAAGAUUUCAAGAAGCACAAGUGUAAGGAGAUAAGUUUGGAGGAUCUCAUAGUCCAUCUUUGGAUCGAAGAGGACAACCGCUCAGCUGAUAAGAUGGGUUCCAAGAAGUCCUAUGAGGCAAAAGCAAAUAUGGUUGAAAAAUCCAAGGGGAAGGGCUCCAAUUCCAAGAAUUUCAAUGAGAAAUCCUUAGGGAACAAGGGCAAGAACCAGGAAGACACAAAACGCUUCAAGGGUACUUGCUUUGUGUGCAACAAUCCUGGACAUAAGUUGAACGAGUAUCACAACCGUCCGAAGAACAAGAACCAGCCACAUGCUAAUAUGACUGACCACAUCUCCUCUGAUAUGGCUGACAUGCACCUCUCUUCUGUUGUUUCAGAAGUGAACUUGGCAACCAAUUGCAAAGAUUGGUGGGUCGAUACUCGAGCAACCAAAAACAUAUGCUCAGACAGAAUGUUGUUUGCUGAGUACCAGAAGUUGGAACAUAACAAUAAUAUCUUUAUGGGAAACACAACAUCUUCUAAGGUUGAGGGAAAGGGCAAUGUGAUUUUAAAGUGGACUUCUAGAAAGGAUUUGAAUCUGAGCGAUGUGCUACAUGUUCCAGAUAUCUGA